AUCUUUAGUCCAAUUUACAUAGAUGGCUAGUAUAACAUAACAACCCAACCCUUAUACUCGUAUUUACUAUAGAACAUAAAAUCUCUCUUGAAAAAUAUUAUAAAAAAUAUGUUUUAAUAACUGGUUAUUAUUUACUUAAAGAAAUAUUUAUUGUUGAAAAACUGAAUUUAAUUGGAAGUGUUAUCCUAGAGAAAAAGUAAAAAUAAUUUAUAAGAAGAUUAUUUGGUAUACAAGAUAAUAAAAAUGGAUAAGCUUAGAAGAGUUUUAAAUGGCAAUGAAAAUUGUGACGAGGAAAGUGGAAUUAUACCACAGGGUGAUGAGGAUUUUGUGGUAAUGGACGCGUCAACUUUAAGUUGGUCAACGAGAAUAAAAGGUUUUGCAAUUUGUUUUGUGAUUGGCAUUCUUUGCUCAUUUCUCGGAUCAUUUGCACUUUUUUUGAAUAAAGGAUUUUCCGUAUUUGCCGUUUUUUAUACGCUUGGCAAUAUUAUUUCAUUAGUAAGUACAUGCUUUCUAAUGGGACCAGUGAAUCAAUUGAAAAAAAUGUUUGCAUCCACAAGAAUAAUUGCUACAAUACUUGUGUUCGUGUGCUUAGCAAUGACUCUUGUUGCAGCUAUUGGAUUACAUAAACCAGGACUUGCACUUCUUUUUAUAAUAUUGCAGUCUUUAUCAUUAACAUGGUAUUCAUUGUCAUAUAUUCCAUAUGCUCGCGAUGCUGUAAAGAAGACUGUUGAAUCCUGUAUUACGUGAGAAUUCUCUUUUAAAAAAAAAGAAGAAAAAUAUUAAAGGACAAGAACAAGAAAGUGUUGUAUAUUGUAAACUGAAUGAAACUUAAAGUGAAAUUUAACAAAAACUACAAAAAAAAAAAUAAUAGUUAGCAAUUUAAAAUUUUAAAUUUUUACAAGACGCAUUUAUCAAAGUCAAUUAUUUUUUUAUACAUCUUUUAUUGAAAACAAUCAAAAAAAAAAUAAAUUAAAUAUUAGAUUUGAUUUGAUCAUUGAUAUCUCAAUCAAGUUAAGAAAAAUCCCAAAUGUAUUUGAUACACACAUAAGUGUCUUAAUAAUUAUUAUUAGGUAUUAAUAUUAUUAUUAUUAUUAGGUAUUAUUAUUAUUAUUAUUAUUAUUAUUAUUACUAUUGUUAUUA